CGUAUGCCAGGAAAUGAUAUAUUUCUGGAAGGUGAAAAAUCCCCAGAUAUAAAAGCGCGCGCGGGAUUGUGAAAAAAAAUUGCUUCUUUUUCAAGUUACGCCUCUCUCUCUCAAAUAGAUCAGUACUCUCGGUCAGUUCUCUUCUCAAAAUCUAUCUGCCUCUCACAAUCAGUUUCACGUUGCUCUAUCGCUCUCUCUCACAAAUCUCCUCCGGGAAACCGCCACUCCACCGCCGUUGAUCGACGCCGACAACCCGCUCAGCCCACCAGCUCGCCUCCCUCUAAUCAUUCGGUAUGUAUGGUCAAGAGUUUGCUUGAAAGGGAUGAUGGGGUUAAAGAUAGAGACCGUGAAAACCGAGAAAGGGAUAACUUGACAAAAGUUUUUCCUUUAGCAAUAAAGAUGGUGGGGGUCAUAAGGUGUCAUUAUUUCCCAGCAAGGAAAAGUACAUGUCAAAACCUAUUAAUGAACUUGACUUAUCUAAUUGUGAGCGCUGCUCUCCCAGUUACCGUCUGUUGCCAAAGAAUGUUCGAACUGGACAUGUUGUUAGAGUCUGUGAAUGUAACAACCAAGCGUGUAGAAAAACUAUUGGAAAAGAUCAACAAUAAUACAUUGAAAACAGAUGGUCCAAUUCGUAUCGAGGAACACUUCACAGCACUGAAUCUCAGGUGCAUUGAACGUUUAUAUGGUGACCAUGGGCUUGAUGUGAUGGAUGUGUGGAGGAAGAAUGCUUCUUGCUUUGCCAGUUAUACUAACGCGCUUGAAGCAGAAACAAGAGGAGUGGGCUAGGUGUCGUUCUUAUUUUAAUAAAGUCUGGGCUGAAAUUUAUUCCAAGAACUAUCACAAAUCACUUGACCAUCGUAGCUUCUAUUUCAAGGAAAUGGUUUCACAUGUUGAGCAGAAUAUCAGAGGCACCGGCCGUGGUGCAUGGGCAGAUGGUGGGAAUAAGCUUGCUCCACUUCCAGCCUAUGGAAAUGAGUUAGAUGUGUUAUGCUUUGACAAUGCUGGUGCUUGGAGUGGUGAAUAUUGGGUCGUGCUGCCAGCAAGAGUAGUACUGGUGAAGAGUUAAGGAAUGUUGUGGGUGAUUCUAAUCCACGCAGGGUCUAUCUCUAUCGUGGUAGUUAAAGUUUAUCAUUCCCUGAUCAUUUCAUAUGUAGUAUUACUGUGACAUAGCAUUGGAAGUAAGAGCUUGGAUGUCCUUUGGCAUUUUGGUGGAUGUAAAGAGGGAAAACCUGUGUCGUGAUCAAGUGGUGGUUGGUUGUCAAAAUGACUCGAUGCUUGUCUCUUUUGUUUGAUUGAGUCUGUUGGAUUUUUUAAAUCGAAUGAAGUGAUGCUGAAUCCUAAUUGAUUCACGUUUAGUCAAUUUUAUGACAUUUGCUAGCACCACAUAACUUCUUAUUAGCUCAUACAUUCUUUAAUUGUUUGUUUAUGAAGAAUGUUUCCAGACAUGCAUUAGUUUCUGAGUAGCAAUACAUAUAGGUAUGAAAGAAUUCAGCUACAAUUUGAAAGAUAAAAGAAUAUCCUGCCUGCGUAGACUCUAGAGGGGUCAUUACACAUUAUUAUUAUUAUUAACACUAGGAUAAUGGAUCAAAUAUUGAAAUGCAAAUAGUCACCAACCAAUUGCAGUGCAGCUGAUCUCUUUCUUUGGCCCAAGGCUCAUUUAGGGGGCC